GCUCCCGGCUCCCCCGCGCGCAUCCCAUUCUCCGCCGGCCGCGCGCAUCUCAUUCUCCGCACCCUCGCAAUAAACAACGCGCCGCGCCCGUCGCUAGCUAGCUUAGCCUCGCGCUUGCCGCCUCCCCGCUCGCUUCAUCGCUUGUCCCCGUCUCGCCUCGACGUCUCCGAGCAGGAGGAAGAGUAAGCGGCAAGCCACCCAUCACCACCACCAACCUCCCGCGCUGUUGAUUCGCGGCUUCCCAUGCGGUUGCCGCCGUGGGAGGCGCGGCGGCAUUCGCGAUCGCGGGGACGAUGGGGCUCGUGGGCGGCGUCCUCGGCUUCGCGCUCGGGCUCGCCAUCGGGCUCGCCGCCGCCUACCUCGUCUACCUCCGCUACUUCGCCGCUCGCCGUCUCCAGGAUCCUGUCAUUAGACCUCUACGAGAUUUAGAUUCUGAAACCUUGAAGACAGCAAUACCAGAUAUUCCGUUAUGGGUGAAGAGCCCAGACUAUGAACGGGUUGACUGGAUGAACACAUUUAUUUUUGACAUGUGGCCUUUCCUGGAUAAGGCAAUAUGCAACAAUAUAAAACGUGCGACAAGGCCAAUAUUUGAUCAAUAUAUUGGAUCAUAUGGUAUAGAAUCAAUUGAAUUUAGACAGUUAACACUUGGGGCUCUUCCGCCUACGUUUCAAGGAAUUAAAGUCUACCAAAUGCAAGAAAAAGAAUUGGUAAUUGAGCCUUUGAUUCGGUGGGCUAGCAUAACAAAUGUAAUCAUUGACGUGAAGGUGCAUUCUUUCAAAGUGCCUGUUCAGCUCGUAGAUUUGCAUAUAACGGUAAAACCACGUCUGACUCUGAAACCACUUGUGCCAAGCUUUCCCGGCUUUGCUAACUUGUGUGUUUCACUAAUGGAGAAGCCACAUAUCGACUUCGGAUUCAAAUUGCUAGGGGGAGAUGUCAUGGCAAUUCCAGGCUUGUAUCGGUUUGUUCAGGAUCAAAUAUCAAAGCAAAUUUCAAUUUUGUAUCACUGGCCUAAGGUUAUACAGAUUCCUAUCUUAGAUGGAGCAAGUGGUGCUACAAUGAAGCCAGUUGGAAUAUUGCACGUGAAGGUAAUUAGAGCCAUGAAUCUUCUCAAGAUGGAUUUGCUUGGAAAAUCUGAUCCCUAUGUCAAGAUGCGCCUGAGUGGUGAGAGACUUCCCUCAAAGAAAACAUCUGUUAAGAUGAACAACCUGAAUCCUGAAUGGAAUGAACACUUCAGGUUCAUAGUCAAGGAUCCUGAGACGCAAGUCCUUGAGCUCCACAUGUUUGAUUGGGAAAAGGUCAAAAUGCAUGACAAAUUGGGUAUGCAAAUAAUUCCCCUCCGCUUGCUUACUCCUUACGAGAGCAAGUUAUUUACACUCGACCUUCUUAAAAGCAUGAACCCAAAUGAUCCACAUAACAAGAAGAAUAGAGGAAAGCUCAUUGUCGAGUUGACAUUUGAUCCCUUUAGAGAAGACAAUAGCAGGGCCAGUGUGACUUCAGAUGGUGAAGGCAAUGCCAGCCUAAGAAGGGACAACUCAUCCGGUGGUGGGUUGUUGUUGGUUUCGGUAGAAAAUGCAGAAAAUGUCGAAGGGAAACGCCACACAAAUCCAUAUGCUGAGGUUCUUUUUAGGGGAGAACGGAAGAAAACAAAGGUGAUCAGGAAAACAAGAGAUCCAAGAUGGAGUGAGGAGUUCCAGUUCAUGGUAGACGAGCCUCCUGUGGCUGAUAAGAUCCGUAUCGAAGUCAGAAGCAAGCGCCGCGGCCUCCCCUUCCGCAAUAAGGAAUCGCUGGGGCAUGUGGAUAUAAACCUAGUGGACGUCGUGAACAAUGGCCGGAUCAACGAGAAAUACCAUCUGAUCAACUCGAGAAACGGGACGAUACACGUCGAAAUCAAAUGGAGCACUGUGUGAGUCUGUCGUACAUGGCCUGCUGGCCGCCGCAAUUCCUUUGUACAUGUAUGUUGUAACUCUACUUCCUGUAAUGAAAUGAUCCAUCUGCGCUUUUAGCGUAUGUUGUAACAUUGAUGGACAACCGACGGCGUGUGACGACUCGUUUGUAUAUAAGCUUGUCUGGUUGCUGAAUU